AUGGCUAGCUCAGAAGUGAUCGAUCCUGGGAACGUCCCGGUCUCCCAAGCUCCACCGGAGUCGGAGAAUCCCAAGCGCGAAGCCGCCAACGGUAGCCCUGCUCCCGAAGAGCCUCCCUCUAAGAAGGCACGUGUCGAAGAGGCCCAAGGGACCGACGAACCAGAGCAUGAUCGCGAUGAUCGGCGCAAGAGAGGUAUUGCGCCGAUCAAGGCUGAAUACCUCCUCAAGUCGGAAUCCAAAUUGGCACCUACCGUGAGCCCAGAUGACGCGGCCGAAGCCGCUUCGCACCAAGAGCGCGAUGACGAGAAGAAGAAGAACAAGAAGAAGCCGAAGGGUCAAAACACCAACCGAAGCUUUGGCAGUUCCAAAGACGCCAAGGGCCUCUGCGGCUCGAGAAUGUUGAGUCCGGAGUUUUCGCCGGAAGAGUGCCAAUUCGGGGACAAGUGUCGUUUCGAACACGAUCUGAGAUUAUACUUGAAAGAGCACAAACGUGAGGACCUGACGACAUUCAACGGUGUCUGCCCUGUCUAUGAGGGACGCGGAACAUGUUACGCUGGUUGGCGAUGCCGCUUUGUUGGGUCCCAUUCCACAGAGCGAGAGACCGAAGAUGGUCGCAAGGAAUUAAUUUUGCUCGAAGAUGAAGAGCGCAAGGCCAAGGCCAAGCCUCUUGUACCCUACGCGACACCCGAGGGUCUUGUCAAUAUCAUCAGCUAUGAAGAUAAAGUCGCAUUGUCGAGGAAGCGAGAACACACUCCCCGCGCCAAUGAAUACAACCAAUGGUUGAACAAUGUCUCCCAAGAGUUGGAGAAGCAACUGCAUGGGCGCAUGCCACACGGCGCAGGAGCACAAGAAGGGAAUGGGGAGGCCCCUUCGGCUGAUGGUGAUGAAGCUGUCAAGGCCAAAGAAGCCCUUGAAGAGAACCGUGCGCAGUUCACGGAACCCCCCUUCUUGGCUUCUGAGAAGAGACGGAUCUACUUUGGCCCCGAGACCCCAGCUCUGGCUCCUCUGACGACUCAGGGCAAUCUUCCUUUCCGUCGACUCUGUGGUGACCUCGGUGCUCAAUUCACCUAUUCCGAGAUGGCGCUCAGCAUGCCGCUGAUCCAGGGUAAUAAGUCAGAGUGGACUCUCAUCAAGGGACAUGAGACCGAGAUGCUCCCACCAACCAUCACGCCUGGUCCUAAUGUGGUGCAAGGAUAUGACAACUCCAAGGACUUCAAAUAUGGAGCGCAGAUUACUGCCAACAAGCCCUUCCAAGCCCUGAAGGCGACGGAAGUGCUUUCUCGAUACACACCGCAUCUGCGUGUCAUCGACUUGAACUGCGGUUGCCCCAUUGAACUUGUCUAUCGCGAUGGAGCUGGCUCCGCGCUCUUGGACCAUCCUUCGAAGUUGGAGAAGAUCAUUCGCGGCAUGAACGCGGUGUCUCAAGAAAUUCCCAUCACAUGUAAGAUCCGCAUGGGAACUCGCGACAACCAGCCCAACGCAUUGAAACUGGUCGAACGCCUGGUUCUGGGAGGUUACGAGUCAAGUAUUCUGGGCCUUGGGCCUCCUGGUGCCGCAGCAAUUACUCUUCAUGGACGCAGUAGACAGCAGCGAUAUACCAAGCAAGCUGAUUGGAGCUACAUUGCAGAUACUGCAGCUCUUAUCAAGCGUCUCAAUGAGAAGACUGACGACCUCACUGAUACCGUUCGUGAGGCUGAUCCUCGCUACUUGCCCAACGGGGGCAGGACCUAUUUCCUUGGCAAUGGUGACUGCUUCUCCCACGUCGACUAUGAUGACCACAUUCAGAAUGCGGGUGUCGACUCCGUCAUGGUGGCUCGCGGCGCCCUGAUCAAGCCUUGGAUCUUCGAGGAAAUCCAAACCGGACAGUACUUGGACAAGUCUGCUUCGGAGCGCCUGGCUUACAUUGAAAAAUUCGCAAAGUACGGCCUCGAGGCGUGGGGCUCCGAUGAGUUCGGUAUUGGCACCACUCGAAGAUUCCUUCUGGAGUGGUUAAGCUUUGCUUAUCGCUACGUUCCUCUUGGCUUGCUGGAAUACCUUCCGCCUCAUAUCAACGACCGGCCUCCUGCCUGGCGUGGCCGCAACGAUCUGGAGACCCUGAUGGGAAGUGGAAACUACAAGGAUUGGAUCAAGAUCACUGAGAUGUUCCUCGGUCCGGCGCACAAGGAUUUCAAGUUCGAGCCCAAGCACAAGUCCAAUGCUUAUGAGGCUGAAGGCUAG